AUCAAAAUGAUUAAAUGGAGGUCUUCUCCUUCCCGUUCCCGUGUUUAGCAGUUAGCACCUUUUCCCUUCUGGAACCUCCCUAUAACCAAAUCUCUUAACUGUUCUUCAUCUUCCUCAACUCUUAUUUCUCUCUUCUCGAUCUCUUAAUUGUUCACGUGCUGAUUCUCCCUAUGUAUCUUCAUUCCUUACUAUAAAAAGCUUCCGAUUUUCUUUGGAUCCAGGUGAAUUUGGCGGGGAUCAGAUGGAAGCGAAAAGAUCCGGCAGCCGCGCACGGUUUCGGAGGCGGCGGAAGUGACGAAAAGGCGGUUAUGGUUGAAGAGCGAGCAAUGGCGAAGGAAGUUCGGUAAUUCGGAUCGGUUAUUUCGCGGGAGAAGAAUGCUCUAUUUAAAGCAACCUAGCGUUUUCGCGAGCAUGGAGCUAUGUGAUUGUGUUGACAGCGAUUUCGUUCGUCGUAGUAGAAGUUAUUGUGGUUGUGAAUGGUGUUAGGUGCUGGAUUGAUUGGUGCAGAGGGGGAACUUUCAAUUUUGGUGGGUCGUUAUUUCUCAUGCGAUUUUGAUGGUUUCCCUGAGCCAGAGGCUCGGGGGAUCUGAGUGAUUGGUGCGAAGGAGAAAGCCAUGGCGUCGUCGGAGAAUGAGGCUUCGUAUCACUCAACUUCUCCUGCCUCUGACGAACUGCGUUCUCUUCCUCCUGAACAUACUUGUAUCCAGAAGUUUAGGCUCUAUGAGACUCUUUCGAACUUUUACAUGAUAGGAACGGAUAAAAGCAAUACUUAUUGGAGAGUGCUAAAGAUUGGCCGUUUAGAUCCUUCUGAGCUAAAUGUGCGUGAAGAUUCUACCACAUAUACGGAAAGUGAAAUAUCUGAUCUGCUGAGGCGUAUUCAUGAGGGGAAUAAGUCCACGGGUGGACUGAAAUUUGUGACAACUUGUUAUGGAAUUGUUGGCUUCAUAAAAUUUUUGGGGCCUUACUACAUGCUUCUUAUCACAAAAAGAAGGCAAAUUGGUGCAAUCUGUGGCCAUACAGUAUAUGCUGUUUCGAAGUGUGAGAUGAUUCCACUGAGAAGUUCUUCAGUUCAGUCUAACAUGACUAAUACUAAAAGUGAAAACAGAUACAAGAAGCUCCUAAGCAUGGUCGACCUUACAAAGGAUUUCUAUUUCAGCUACUCAUACCACAUAAUGCGCAGUCUUCAAAGGAAUUUGUGCGAAAAUGAGACAGGCCAUGUCCUUUAUGAGACAAUGUUUGUCUGGAAUGAAUUUUUGACUCAAGGAAUUAGGAAUAGCCUUCAGAAUACUCUUUGGACAGUUGCGCUUGUGUAUGGAUUUUUUAAACAGGACACACUUGCAAUAUCUGGUCGGCAGUUCAUACUUACACUAGUUGCAAGGAGGUCUCGUCAUUACGCUGGCACUAGGUAUCUGAGACGGGGUGUAAAUGAGAAGGGCAGAGUAGCUAAUGAUGUUGAGACAGAACAAAUUGUGUUUGAGGCUGUUCCUGACGGUCUCCCUGUCCAAAUAAGCUCCGUUGUCCAGAACAGGGGUUCAAUCCCUCUUUUCUGGUCACAGGAGACUUCGCGUCUGAAUCUUAAACCAGAUAUUAUAUUGUCAAAGAAGGAUGAAAAUUACCAAGCAACUAAACUUCACUUUGAGAAUCUUGUCAAAAGAUAUGGGAACCCCAUAAUUAUUUUGAAUUUAAUAAAGUCACGUGAGAGGAAGCCUCGCGAGUCAAUACUCCGUUCAGAGUUUGCUAAUGCAAUUAAUUUCAUAAACAAAGAUUUAUCUGAGGAGAACAAGCUUAGGUUCCUUCAUUGGGAUCUGCACAGACAUUUUCAGAGAAAAUCUACAAAUGUCUUGCGGCUUCUGGGAAAAGUGGCAGCACAUGCCUUGUCACUAACAGGAAUUUUCCAUUGCCAAGCAACCCCUAACUUUAGACCAGAAGACAGUGUGAAAUGGCUAUCUACUGAUUUUGCAUAUUGCAAUGUUGAUAAAGGAAGCUUUCAACCUGCAAGGCAUGAGAAUAUUGACAUUGAGGAUGUUCUUAAUCUUGAGAGGAAAGCUGGUGGUGAGAACAAUAUUACUAAUGGAAAGCAGUCUAUCAAGCUUCCCAUGUUCCAAAGAGGGGUGCUCAGGACCAAUUGCAUAGACUGCUUAGAUCGCACGAAUGUGGCGCAAUAUGCAUAUGGGUUAACUGCUCUUAGUCACCAGCUUCAUGUUCUGGGAGUUAUUGAUGACCCAAAAAUUGAUCCUGAUGAUCCUCUAGGCGAUGGUUUGAUGGGAUUUUAUGAGCAGAUGGGUGACACACUUGCACAUCAAUAUGGUGGUUCUGCUGCACACAACAAGAUAUUUUCUGAGAGGAGGGGUCAGUGGAGAGCUGCAACACAGUCACAGGAGUUUUUUAGGACUCUUCAACGGUAUUACAGCAAUGCCUACAUGGAUGCUGAGAAACAAAAUGCAAUUAACAUAUUUCUGGGGCAUUUUCAGCCACAACAGGGUAGGCCUGCUUUGUGGGAGUUGGAUUCAGAUCAACAUUAUGAUGUAGGGAGACAUGGAGAUGAUGAUGCAAGGUCAAUUGUCAAACGAUGUUUCUCAGAUGGAAACAUUCUUCGUGAUAGUUCUACACCUAUAUCGACCCUGGAUCUCAAGCAUGGAAGGUUAACUAAGCUAGAUUUUCUAGACCAAUCAGAAGAUGGAAGCAGGGGUUUUUGUGAUUCAUCACCUGAAAUAUCAACUUGUGAGAGUGACAUGUCUUUUUCAAGGUACACUCCUCCAGUGUCUCGGAGACACCUUUUUGGAGAGAUGCAAAGAGACUGUUGCUUUGAAAAUGAUCAAAUUUUCUAUUCUGAGCAUCCAGAAUCAUUCAGCAGCUCCAACUUUGUUGACUUGAAUUGGCUAUCUUCAAUAAAUUCAUGUGAAGAGGAGCAUAAGAGGUCGUCAAUUCCCAGGCUGUCUUCAAAAAGUGUUGGUAAUGGAAUUACUGGUGGAGAUGCAACUGCUUCCACUAGUGAGUCAGGCUACAGGAACAAGGGUAGGAAGCAAAGUGGAUCUGAUGCAUCCUACGACGAUACCAGGUCCAAAAUUCUAGAGGAAUUUCCCAAUACUUUUGUACAAUGGGUGACUCAUGGACAGACACUUUCUCAUUGAAUUUCCACUAAUUAUCCUGUACUAAGAUAUAAUGUACAUUUGUUUAAUUGACUUGGCUUACUCUAAAGAUGUUGAUUAGAAGAGAACACCAGAGAGGAGCUUAUGAUACACAAGCAGGAAAUGAAGAAGCCGGCAUUAUGUAGGCUUCUCUGUAAGAAGCUUAUAGUCCAAGAAGAAAUCCUACAGGUCUUCUUGGUAUUGAGUCGCAGCAGUAAUCUUGUGAAAUCCAUCAAAACCUUGAGGUAUAGUCAUGUAGUUAAUUAGCCAGAGUCUGGCCUGCAGCCCGCUCUUAGUAAGAAAGUAUAGCAAACGGUUGUAAAUUCCUUAGAAAAUAUAUAUUUUUUCCUUUUGCUCUUUUCUCUCCCUUGGAGCUCACUGUUUUCAUUCUUAUUUCAACAGUUCAUACGAUUAUUUUUAGGUGCAUUUCUUGUAUAUAGUUGCCCUGCAUGUCUGAGCUCCACUUUUAGAACUGCAAAUGAUUCUUUUAAUAAUUUUUCUUCUUGGAAUAUGUAAUUCUGGCCUGCGCAUCAUGCUAUUAACGCUUUACCUAAUGUGGUGAUUUGACUGUUGGCAACAAUGUUUUGGAGCACAGAGCUGGUGCAAUAAA